AAGCCCAACAUCCCGCCGAACUAACCAAAUGGAGAGGAGCAGAGACAGCUCCAUCGCUCUCAUAAAAAAGUGCAGCUGGGAUUUCUCUCUCUCCGGCUCCGACGCUCCGUCGUUCAGUCAGUGUCAGCCAAAAUCGACGGCGAGCUAAAGGAAGAAGAAAGAAAACAAGGGAAAUUGGGAGAAGCAAGCUGAGAUCAUGUUGAAGUUUCUAUCGAAGGUUAGGAUAGAGUUCAACGCAUUGGACCCGCGCCUGGCUUCGUGUAUGGAGUUCUUGGCGCAGUGCAACGCUCGCAAGGCUAAAGAAUCGAAUCCGGCCUGCCAGGUCCAAGUCAAGCGCCGCACCGACGACCACCCGCCGCAGAUCACCGUCACUUUCGUCAACGGCGUCGAGGAGGUCUUCGAUGGCACCCAGACUACUGCACAGACGAUACGGAACAUGAUCCUGGAGAAAGGCCAGUACCUCGAGACGGAGCAAAUGUUUCGGGAAGCUGGGGAGAAAUGGCCGGUUAUCAUCCCUGACGAAGAGCUCAAUAUCCCUGCUCCAGGAACCAAGCCAAGGAAAGCAGAAGACAAGAAGUGAUAUCCAGCUCUUUUUCAGCCGGCACUAGUUGAUGGAAUCUUCAGCAGAAGUGCAACUCUCAUUGUUUCGAUAAGAUCAUAGAUUAAAUUUUACUGCUGCAGCUGCUGCAUAUGCUUGUGACUGAACAAUCAUCAGCUAGAGGCUAGCCUACUUUUCUCUAUACAAUCAUCUGAUUUUUAGGAUGUUACUGAUGUUAAAACUGUUUAACAAGUUUCUCAUCCAUUAUCCAACGGUAAACUGUAUGGUCCCUUCAAUAAAAUGGUGAACUUGUG